AUGGAACGUGAAAUCGCGUGGAAGAAAGUCUUUUUCUUUGUGUAUUUACAUUUGGGGGCUUUGUACGGCUUGUACCUCAUCCUAACUGAAGCUUCGUGGUUGACCUGCUUUUGGUUCUAUUUCCUGGUACAAAUCUCGACGCAAGGUACCGGAGCAGGUGUCCAUCGCUUAUGGGCACAUAGGGCCUACAAGGCCACGGUACCACUUCGACUCUUACUAACAUUUUACCAAACUUUAACCUUCCAAAAAGAUAUUUACGAUUGGGUGCGCGACCAUCGAGUCCAUCACAAGUACUCUGACACGGAACCCGACCCACAUAAUGCCUCCAAUGGGUUCUUUUACAGUCACAUGGGUUGGUUAAUGUUGAAAAAGACCCAAUGUACCAUCGAUAAGGGCAAAAAAUUGGACUUGAGUGACUUGGAAGCCGACCCAAUCGUCAUGUUUCAGAGAAAGUACUAUUGGUACUUGGCACCGGUUAUAGCUUUGGGAAUGCCCGCCUUUGUACCGUGGUACUUUUGGGGUGAGAGAUUUGUAGUUUCAUGGUACGUCUGUAGCAUGUUUAGAUACUGUCUAACCCUUCAUGGUACCUGUCUGGUAAAUAGCGCCGCCCAUAUUUACGGAAAUCGUCCAUAUGACAAGAACAUUUUACCAACGCAAAAUUUGUUGGUCUCGUACAUUACGAACGGAGAAGGCUUCCAUAAUUACCACCAUGCCUUCCCAUGGGACUACAAAGCGGCCGAAUUGGGGUCAUAUUAUGGCAAUUGGAGUACGGCAUUUAUUGAUUUUAUGGCCCGAAUUGGAUGGGCAUAUGACCUUAAAAGUGUCCCAUUGGCAAUGGUCGAAAAGAGGGUUAAAAGGACAGGUGAUGGUACCCAUAAUGUGUGGGGAUGGGGUGACAAGGAUUUACACCCAGAUGACGCCAAAAUGGUCGAAAUUACACACACACGAGCUUCACAAACAGGAUAA